UCUUCCGGAUCUCAGUUUGGGUGUCCUAUACCUGUCCUUAAAUGAUGCUGGUGCCGAAGAAGAUGAUGAUGCCUUGUUAAGAGUUUUAUUUUUGGCUUAUCAGACUCUACAUCGGAUAAACGACUUGGGGAGUUUUCAGCCCCGGGCAUAUACAGAUCAAAAGCCGUUUCGCCGGCCGUAGAAAGACACUGAGAUUAAGGGAGAGAGAGUAUAGAGAGAGCUGAAGCUCCUCUUCCAUCAGAUAAUACCGCUGCCCCGGGACCGGGAUGUAGAAGAGAAACCGAGUCUCUAAAUCACAGGAUGUGUGAUUAAAUGCCUGCCAUUUAAAGUACGUAAACAGUGGAUAUAUCCGACACAGAAAACCGAUCAGGCUUGUAAAGGAAUCAAAAAGGAGCAGGGCGGCAUUCUAGACUCAUCAGUCUCAUCUAUGUGAGAAAAGAAAGGCCUCAUGGGACACUAUGCAGGAGUAAAAUGGUUUUGCACACUCAUGUGUCACCACGAAUUGGAGUUUUCAACCCUGGACAUAUACGGAUUGGGUGCAAUUGCUAUGGUGGACACGCACUCAGCAGUGGGUGUUCCUUUUUUGCAUAUGGACCUCUGAAAAACAACUCUGCCACGUUAUCAUGUGGAUAUCUAAACUUGCAAGAUUCAUGUGAUUGUGACCUGGGAAACUGUGUUUUUCUGCUCACUUUUCGGCCAGUUUGUUUCUUAUCAAAGUGUGAGCAUAGAUCACCCCAGAAGAGUGGAGAAUGAGCUCUCAUUUAGGGCACAAGAUAUCAAGAGCUCUGUUUUAUAUUUUGUUCUAGUAAUUACGAUCUUUUCUUAGACGGACUGUUCCAGGGGGAAUCCAGACUCCCAUUGAGAUUGUAAAAAGAAAGUCAUUUUUUUUUUUGUCUUGUAGUUUCUUUUUUUUCCUCAUACUUUGUUUCACUGUAUACCUCCUACCAAAACCUUUUUUUUCUUCCUGUAGCCUGACGUUGUACAUGCACUCAUCUGCUGUGAUGCUUUGAGAGAUAUGACAUUGGUCUCUAAGCGAUACUGUAUGAAUGCCUGAACUCAAACUGCUGCUUCCUUUGAGCUCUUUUUAGUGUAACAUGGGGCUUACCAGAGAUUUGCACUAAAAGAGCUUUGCUGUCACUUGAUUUUCCUUUUAUUGACCAAAUCUUGUUACAUUCAAGCCAUAUGAACUUAUUUUUGAUGAAACUAGAGCUAUUUUUGUAUUACAGUAGUAAGUCAUAGUAUCACAAAUUAUGCGUAUAUGAAUUUAGUCUAUUUUUUAUGUAUCAGCACAGACAUAUACAAAAAGCAUCUGCACUAUUUUACAUUAACGUUUGAUUUAGGAAAGACAUGCACCUUGAUUUGUGAGAACAUAAUUCUAUUUCAGUUUCACUAAAGUUAUUGUUACGGCCAUGGCUACACACCAUCCUCACUCAGGUGGGAGACAAGCUUCCUUCUCUCUCUGACGGCUUCCCCUGUUCCCCAGUUUUUUUACUCCUCCAAAUGCCUGUGGGUCUCAGUGUGGGCGGGGCUCUCGGAGACCCCUCCCCAUCCCGCCCAUUCCGCCCCAGUCGCUAUGUGCCUGUGUCCGCAGCAACCGCCUUCCUCGUGGGGGCCACAACGCUGUUUCUCUGUUUCACGUGUCCGUGGCUGUCAGACCGGUUCUCCUCCUCCAUUCCACUCUAUAAUGCUGUGGUCUUCCUCUUCACACUGGCCAAUUUCUGUAUGGCCACAUUCAUGGACCCUGGCAUCUUUCCUAGAGCUGAGGAAGAUGAGGAUAAAGAGGAUGAUUUCCGUGCUCCACUUUAUAAGACGGUGGAGGUGAGGGGCAUUCAGGUGCGGAUGAAAUGGUGCUCCACGUGUCGCUUUUACAGACCACCGCGCUGUUCACACUGCUCCGUGUGUGACAACUGUGUGGAGGAGUUUGACCAUCACUGCCCAUGGGUGAACAACUGCAUUGGGAGGCGGAACUAUCGUUAUUUCUUUCUGUUCCUGCUCUCGCUCACUAUUCACAUUAUGGAUGUGUUUGGCUUCAGUCUGCUAUACAUCCUCCAUCACACAAAACAACUGGACCAGAUCCACUCUGGAGUCACUAUGGCAGUGAUGUGUGUAGCUGGUCUGUUUUUUGUCCCGGUUGCGGGACUCACUGGGUUCCAUGUUGUGCUUGUAGCCAGAGGGAGAACGACCAAUGAACAGGUGACCGGGAAGUUCAGAGGCGGUGUUAACCCCUUCACACACGGAUGUUUGAAAAACAUUGCACAUGUGCUGUGUAGUUCACAGGCUCCCAGGUAUCUUGGUCGCUUACGAAAGCCUCAUUCUGUUCAGGUCCAGCCACCAUUUUUGCGGCCACCUCUAUCUGAAGCCCAACUUGCAGCUAAAGUCCUGGAUAAUGGCGUCCAGCAGUCUAAAAGUAGUCUGGAGAUAAUGGAGAGUCAGUCCACUGAUGCUGAUCCCCCUCCACCACCAAAACCAGAGCACAGAUACCCUGGGUUGCCUCACACACAAAAUGAAGAGUGCAGCUUGCUGACUGAGGCUCCACCCACACCUUCAUUGUAUAAAUAUAGGCCGGCCUACAGCAGCCCAGGAAAAAACCACACGGCCUCCACACAUUCCAGCAAGAUGAGUCGAGGGAACAGUAUGACCGAAUCUCCCUCUGUCCCCGUCACCACUGGGCAGCCCAGCUACCGCUCAGACCCCAGUUUGUCAAGCCGAGGGGGUGCAGGGUGCCGUGGGGGAGGGGAGGGGGGUAGAGCAGGCUCGGUGGGGCUGGGUGGGGCCUCUGCGUUUGGCGGGCGAUCUUACCCUUCUUUUACCGACACCCUCCUCCAAUCAGCAGCAGCCUCUUGCUCCUCAAGCCUCCGCUCUGCCCAGACGGCCCACAAUGCCCUUGGGCCCCUCAUCUCUGAGGGUACAACCUCCACUAGCUACAAAAGUUUAGCCAAUCAGACGCGCAACGGCAGCUUGUCAUACGAAAGCCUGCUGACGCCGUCCGAAAGUCCAGAGUUUGAGUCUGCUGCUCAUGAGCUGUCCCCGCCCAGACCGCACCCUCCGCACUCUCUUAGCACAGCACCGGGGCCCCCGCCUAUUUUGGGGUACACGUCCCCUUUCCUGUCUGCUCAGCAGAGGGAGGGCUCUCUCCAGGCCUGCCCUGCCCCCCUAAGACCCUCCCCCAACAGAGCUUUCCUGCGCCCAACAAGCUCACCCCCUUCUCGAGCUCCACCCCUUUCUCCUCGCGCUCGCUCGUUGGGCUCCCCUCCUCCUGGCCCCGCCCCUGGCCAUACACCUCUGGGCAAAUCACUGUCCUACGGAGGUGGCGCCGAAUUACAGCACCGCCCCUCUACCUCAGGGGGCGGGACUCCGAUGCAGAACUCGACUUUUAAACAAAACUUGGCCAAUCAUAACACCCACUCACACAAACCUGCAGGAGGGGUGAAGAAAGUGACUGGUGUUGGAGGAACAACCUAUGAGAUUUCAGUAUGAACGAGAAAGAAUCAGGAUUCACUCGGCAGUUUUUGCCCUCUGAGCCUAGAUUGGAAGGAUGUAAAGCUGCUCAACCACACAUGCAAAAAAGCAUACAAAAGACUACAAACACAAAACGUAAGUGUUUCCCAGUCAAACUUCAACAGUCACUGUGGAGGACGUACACUGAGAACAUGGACCAGUGAAGACGAGUCUUACAGCGUUUUGUUUUCUGAAUAUCAAUAUGGUACACAAAUAACACAGACUUUCAUAGUUAUUUAAAGAAUCAUUUGGUACUUCAGUGUAUUACCUACCGAUUUUUACGCAAGACUGUCCAAUGAUCAAUGGACAUUCAGCCUUAGUAGGCGGGACCAUGUGAGACACACUGCUGUCUUAUCCAGAAUGACGUCAACAGAAACCACAAACCUCUCAGCAGUCAGCCAAUAAGCAUUUAAAACAUUUACAACAUGAAUCACUGUUAAGUCUUGCAGAUUCCGGUGUGUUUCAAACCCUUAAAGGGACAGUUCACCUAAAAAUGAAAAUUCUGUCAUCAUUUAACAACCUUGUGUUGUUUCAAACCAGUUUGAAACCGCUUUUCCACUGCGUGGUACGACUUGGCAUGGCUUGCUUUACUUUUGGUUUGCUUUUCCACUGCAGUUUAGUUACUGCUUCAAAGUGGGUGGGAUUAUAGACUGAGCAUUAUAGUUGCGCCGCCUCUACUGCCGUGGAUCCGCUCCUCGGCUACCAAUGAGAAAACCGUCUGCACGUUGUCUACUGACCGCGAUACCAAGUCGGUACUGAAAUUUUUAAAGAACGUGAUGCUUUGAGCGCUGUUGAGCGGAUUCGUAAACACCUCUGAUUGGCCAUUGUGUUCUCGUUGCUCAUCAGAUAUGUCUGUGAUUGGCUACAUUGAUCAACGCUUCAAAAACAUGUUGUAAAUAGUCAUCAGUGGGCCUGUUUACACCUGGUCACUUCAUGCGUUUUCACUGAUCGGAUAGCUAUCCGAUUGUGAAAAGACCAGGGCUGCGUUCCGCUCCAGUUUUAGACACGCACUCGCGAACUUCCCUACACACUUCCCCUCGGGGGAAUCCCUGCCGCCAAUUUGAAGUGCGUUCCACUUCGUGAAGUGGACGAGGGAAGUUUAUAUGGACAGACCCUC